AUGAAAAGUUUAUUAAUUUUUUUACCAAACAGGCUUUACAAGGAAAAACCUGGAUACAUGUUUGGUAAAAUAGUGUAUGAUGAUAAUACAGGAGUAAAAAAAUUUUAUGUCAUUGGUGUAUGUAAGGUAGAUAAUUUAGAAACAAAGAAAUGUGCCAGUAUAAUUGGAUAUUAUUCUGGCAGCGAACACAAAAGAGGAUAUGUAGAUAAAAAAUAUUUAGACUGGAUUAAUAUAUGCUUGAAUUCUACAUUUUACUCUAAGUGUGAUAUUUAUGACUACAGUCUGAAAGGUAUUAUUGUGAACAAUAAAAAAAUUUCUACUUUACACUGUCAUACAGCCAUUAUAGUAUAUGAUCAAUCAGCAUUUAGAGAAACAGAAUUAUUUGCUCAAAAAGCAGUAUCUGGAGACCAUUUUUAUGAGUUAAUGAAAAUCAUACAAAACAAGCAAGUUGGGAGAGAAAUACAGAAGAAAGGAAAAUGUACUUAUGUAAAAGAAACACUGCUUGUGUAUCAUAUGUUCUUAUACUUUUAUCCAGUCCUUUUUCUUGCUAAAAUAACCAACAAGUUAUUACCAGUUUUAAAAUAUUCUUUUCUUGGUUUGCAUGUUAAUGGAUGGUUGGAGAAUGUCAAAUGGAUGUUAAUCACUGUAAUAAAGAACAAAAAAUUUAAUCUGAAAACUGGUAACUAUGUUUUUGCAUUAAUAAUAGAUAUGUUAUUGGGAAUUUCAAUAUUACAGUUAUUAUUGCAUUACUUUGAGUACAUAUCUCCAUCGCAGAUACUUUUGGAUAAUGCAGAGAAGGCUGUCACAUUUUUGAAGGACUUAAUUAACUGGCUAAUGGGCGUACCAGCUGGUUUAAAAUUAAAUCAUGCCUUAAACAAUAUGCUUGGGAAAUUUUUUCUAUACCACAUACAUAUGUGGUGGACAUUCUUAAUAUUUAUGAAACCUGUAAUGGAUUUUACAUUCGAAGUAUUGGUAUUAUUUGGAAAGCUUGGUAUUACAUUUCAAAUAGCAAUAGCAGCUGAUCUUCUAGCACUUGUCAGUUUUCAUGCUUAUUGUAUCUAUGUAUAUGCUGCAAGGCUUUUCAAUAUUCAAUUAAAGGGUAUUACUGCUUUGUUUCGACUAUUUUUGGGUAAAAAGAAGAAUCCAUUGAGAGAAAGAAUUGAUUCUUGCCAAUAUCAACCUGAUCAACUGUUUGUAGGAACUCUAUUGUUUACUAUUCUACUGUUCCUCAUGCCAACAACUUGGGUUUAUUAUGUAGUUUUUACCAUGCUCAGAUUAGCACUAAUCAGCUUUGGAGGUUUGUUGACAAGAAUGAAGUUUUAUCUUCAAGUUAUGCCUAUAUAUACAUUUUUUAAGUGGUUAUUCCAUUCUUAUAGCACGUGCAGUAUUGUUAAUAUUAAAGUAUAUCCAAAUAGAACAGAAGGUCCAAUAAUAUUAAUAAUGACAAUGGUAGUAGCAUCAUGGCAUUAUACAUGGGACAAGUGUAUACCAGACACAAUUAAUCGUCAUCCACCCAUAGAAUGGAACAAGAUAAUAAACAGUAUAAUAUGGGGUGAAUUACUCUAUCCAUUAUAAUUUCCUAUUUAUAUCUUUAUUUAACAAAGAACAUACAUGUGUAUAUACAUUACUUAAUUGUAAAAUAAACAUUGUUAACUGAA